AUGAAAUACUGUAAUUACUGUAAAAAAGAAGUUAAAUCUAAGGGAGAAGUAGGUUGUUACAGCGAGUGUGGACGAGAUUGUAAUGAUUGUUGCUCUCAGUGUAACAGACAUGGUCUAACCCAAGGAGUUAUUGCUGUUGUAGAGGGAAAAUUGACUAGUCCUAGUUAUGGACUUAAAAUGAUUUCUGAAGAUGUCAAGAGAGGAAUGAGAGAAGUUGAUCGUGGCGACAGAAACGAAUUUAUCUGUCAGAUAGAAGAUGGAUCAGUUUAUCAAAGUAGUAAAGUAAAAAUAAUGCCAAAAACUUCUACUUUGAUUGUCGAUAAAAAGACUGAAAAUGGUAAGUUUCGUUGUGAAGAAAGGAUAAAAUUGCCCCAAUUCCGAGUAGGUAUUGAUUAUGCUGUCGAAGGAAGUAUGUAUUUUAUUUUUUCUAAUCAACUAAAAAAGGAUAUUUUGUUAACCAAAAAUCCUUAUAGUGACAAUGUUGAUGAUUAUGUUGGUGAUUUGGAAAUGAAAAUAUUAGUAGAUCAUAGAGACGAUAUUAACCUUAAACCUAAAAUUGUCACAGAUUUAGAGCAACGGGAAAGGUUGAUUGAAGUGGGAAAAGGAAUAAGUGAUCCUAGACGUGGUAUUGGUUUUUCUGAUAGGGUUCGAGAGAUUGAGAGUGGUAAGAAAGAUAAAAGAUUUCGGACAAAUAUAGGUAAUCGAGAUGUUAAUGCUAUGAUAGUUGAUAAUCCAGAAAUUUUACUAACUGAUGAACAAAUUAGCCAGGCGAACACAGAAGAUUUAAAAAGUUUGCUUAACCGAAUAAAUUCAGAAUUUGAAAGAAGACAAACAGAAGAAAAUACAGACGAUUUUGUGGUAAGUUCAGAACAAUUACGAAAAUUUUCGCAAAAACUUGAAAGUGUUGUUAGUUUUUCAACUCCAACUUCAACCGAUAAUUCGCCUAAGUCUAAUAGAAUUUUGCCUGCCAUUGGUAUAAUUAGUGCAGUAGUGGGUUUAUGUGGAGGAUUAAUUGUUUUUUUCAAGGAUUUAGUGAUUACUAUUGAUUAUCUUAGAGAAGAAUUAAAGAGAGGUGCUGACAAGUUGGUAGCAAUUGAAGGUGAAUUAAGACUCCUCAGAAUUGAAAUAAUGGAUAAAAAAGGCAAGUUUGAUGACAAGAUCAAAAAAUAA